UCAAUUUCUUCGGAGGCGGCGACAACUGCGACAAACCGUUUCGCCGCGCACCGUGAAGAUCGCCUCCUCAUCAAUGUGACACGGUGAACUAAACGGCUCGAGCCGUUGAGGCGGACCCGGCAACGGCAUGACGACGCAGGCCUGGCGCGCCCCACACCACCCCGUUCAAGGCUCGCAACCCGAAGUCAACGAUAACAAUCACCUUCACUAUGAGAUCCCGGUGUUAUGAGUCGCUAAAAUUCACCGAGAGCCCACAAUUGUUGUUCCAAAUACGCUUUCCGCAUGGUCGAAAGGGAAACCGAAAUGCAUCCCAUCCUGCAAAGCCUUACAUGUGGCACCUUCCACUAGUGGUUCACGACGUUUCCGUGCUCCUGGGUUUGCAAGCAUCUGCAGGUCACACUUAAUCUGGGUAGACCGGUCGCUCCCCUUCUCUUCCGUGGUUGCUUUGUGGUUGCUUUUCUCCAUCCUCUAGUCAACAAACGAACUCAAUCGACAUGGAAGAAGUUGACUUGGUCGUUGUGGGAACAGGCUGGUACGGCCUUGCCGCAGCAAAAGCAUACAUUGAGCUUCACCCGAACGAAGAUAUCGUCGUGCUUGAGGGCGGCCCGAGCAUCGGCGGCGUCUGGAGCCAUGAUCGCCUCUAUCCUGGGCUGAAGUCCAAUAACAUGCUCGGUACCUAUGAAUUCAGCGACUUUCCAAUGGACCCUGCCACGUACGGCGUUCAGCCAGGAGAGCACAUCCCGGGCUCGGUUCUGCACAAGUACCUGACCUCCUUUGCAAAGGAAUCAGGCAUCUAUCCUCGUACUCGGCUGAAUACUCGGGUCGAGUCUGCUGAAGAGAACCUUAAAACUGGCAAUUGGACCUUGAGUACGAGAGAUACUGUGACCGGUAAAGAAGCAUUUCUGCACACCAAGAAGUUGAUUGUCGCCACUGGACUCACUUCCGAGCCUCACCUGCCGAGUUUCGUCGGAGAGGCAGACUUCAACUCGCCGAUCUUCCACUCCAAAGACUUUCAUAAGCAAGCCGAGACUAUCUCAACGGCUCGUAAUGUUGUUGUUCUAGGAGGCGCCAAGAGCUCGUGGGAUGCUGCGUAUGCUUACGCCAGUGCUGGAGUCUCGGUCGACAUGGUCAUCCGCCAGAGUGGUCGUGGACCCGUGUGGAUGGCACCGCCCUACGUGACGCCUCUCAAGAAAUGGUUAGAGAAACUCGUCCAUACACGCUUCCUGACGUGGCUGAGCCCUUGUAUCUGGGGCGAUGAGGACGGGUACGGUGGCAUUCGCCGCCUCCUACACGGCACCUGGCUAGGGCGCAAGAUUGUCGACUCGUUCUGGGGCAUUCUUGGCAGCGACGCAAUCGAUCUUAUGGAGUACAACAAGCAUCCCGAGACCAAGAAGCUCAUCCCCUGGCACUCGGCAUUCUGGAUUGGAAGCGGCCUUAGCAUUCGCAACUUCCCAACAGACUUCCUCGAAUACAUCCGCAACGGCCAAGUCCGCGUCCACAUCGCAGAAAUCACGCAGCUGUCCAAAAAGACGGUCCAUCUUUCCUCCGGCGAGCAAAUCAAAGCAGAAGUCCUUUUCUGCGCAACGGGCUGGAAAUCACGUCCCCCUAUCAACUUCCUCCCGUCCGGACGGCAUGCUGAGCUCGGUGUCCCCCACUACUCCGCGAAGCCCGAUGCGCUCGUCACCGAAGCCGACUCGCUCAUCCUCAACAAAUUCCCCCGGCUCCAGAACCAGCCCAGCGUUGCAACCUCGACUCGCAGCGAGACGGACGCCGAGACGCCAAACCAGCCGUUCCAGCUCUAUCGCUUCAUCGCGCCCCCGGCCACGAUGGAAAAGCGCAACAUUGCGUUCGCGGGCAUGAUGUCGACGAUCAGCACCUCGAUCUGCGCGCAAGCACAGGCGCUCUGGAUCUCGGCCUACUUUGAUGGGAGGCUGGACCGCCUCCCUACCGCGGAGCAGGCGCGCUGGGUUACGACGCUGCACGCGCGGUUCGGGCGGUGGAGGUACCCCUGUGGCUAUGGCGCGCGGCUGCCGGACUUUGUGUUCGAUGCUGUGCCGUAUCUGGACAUGCUGCUCAAGGACGUGGGCCUGGAGAGCCACAGGAAGGGCGGAAGGAUUGCGGAGUGGACGGAGCCGUAUGGGCCGGAGGACUACAAGGGGCUGACAGGGGAGUGGGCGAGGAAGCAUGAGUGAGGCGCAGGGCGCGAGGUGAAAAGCGGGAUAUUCGUUGAUUCGUUAUUCAUGCACGUCAUUAGCCGGUGCGGCCAUGUCAGAUACCAGAUAUGCAGUCUAGCCUUUGUUUCUGGCCUCGUCCUCGUUUUCCUCGAGCACGAUCUCAUACCCCGACCCGUUCUUCACCCAUAGGCUCGCAAGACACCCCACCGCGCUAACGCCCGCGAUAGCCC